UCAGAGACCCGACAAGUCAUUUAGCACGUCAAGGGUCACGGCGCCCUCGAAAGGAGACGUUAUCUGGCGAGGAUAUAUCCAAGUGUGGCGAUGGCAUCUAACAGCCUUUUCAGCUCGGUCCCUCCGUGUCAGCAAAACUUCUUCUGGGAUCCGAGCAGCAGCCGGAGGUUCAGCCCGCCGUCCAACGGAGUGCAGGCUCUGCCCGGGAAAGCGGCGGAUGCGAGCGCGGCGGGAGCGACGCAGCACGAGGCGAACACGGCGGCGGUGCCGAGACUGCGCGCGCACGACAACCGCACCAUGGUAGAGAUCAUCGCCGACCAUCCUGCCGAGCUCGUGCGCACCGACAGCCCGAACUUCCUCUGCUCCGUGCUGCCGUCUCACUGGAGAUGCAACAAAACCCUACCGGUCGCCUUCAAGGUGGUCGCACUGGGGGACGUUCCUGAUGGAACAGUGGUAACAGUUAUGGCAGGUAACGAUGAGAACUACUCGGCAGAGCUGCGGAACGCCUCCGCCGUCAUGAAGAAUCAAGUGGCACGCUUUAAUGACCUGAGGUUCGUCGGGAGGAGUGGGCGAGGGAAGAGCUUCACUCUGACAAUCACAGUAUUCACCAACCCUCCUCAAGUGGCCACUUACCACCGAGCCAUAAAGGUCACAGUGGACGGACCACGAGAACCAAGGAGACACAGGCAGAAGCUGGAAGACCCUCCAAAGCCAGGCUUGUUCUCAGAGCGCCUGAGUGAACUAGAACGCUUGCGCCACAGCACCAUGAGGGUCGGUGUGCCCACGCAGAGCCCCCGGCCAUCUCUCAACACCGCCGCAAACUCUUUCAGCCCACAGGGACAAACGCAGAUCUCAGACCCACGGCAGUCACAGUCAUCUCCGCCGUGGUCUUAUGAGCAGCCAUACACGCCCUAUCUGAGCCAGAUGACUUCUCCUUCCAUCCACUCCACCACUCCGCUCUCUUCCACCCGAGCCACAGGCCUGCCUGCGAUCAGUGAUGUACCAAGACGUCUCUCAGGUACAUCAGAUCUGAGUCCUUUUGCAGCCGACCCACGCCAGUUCGAGCGCCAGUUUCCCAGCCUGUCCUCUCUCACUGAGACACGCUUCUCUAGUCCCAGGAUGCACUACCCUGCCACAUUCACCUACACACCAACCCCUGUGACAUCAGGCAUGUCUCUAGGCAUGUCCAGCACCACCCACUACCACACCUACCUGCCACCUCCAUAUCCAGGUUCCACUCAGAACCAGAGUGGGCCAUUCCAGACCAGCAGCACGCCAUAUCUGUACUAUGGAGCUUCGUCCGGCUCAUACCAGUUCUCCAUGGUGCCAGGGGGGGAACGCUCCCCAACACGGAUGCUGCCACCAUGCACCAGCGCCUCAACAGGCAUCAACCCCAACUUGCCUGCUCAGACUGAAGGCACCGAGGCCGACGGCAGCCACAGCAGCUCACCCACUGCUCUCAACUCCAGCGGCAGGAUGGACGAGUCCGUGUGGCGGCCAUAUUAAAAGAGAUCAGCCAUAUAUGGAGGGUUACACAGGUCAACGUAGCAAUGCUCACAAGCUACGCAAGUCUCGUAGUAAUAGUCCUUAUGAAAUUGGUUUCUAAGCACAAAUGCUACAAAUUGUGCAGGUUAGAGAAUAAUGAAACUUUAGUACUUUAGUUUACAAGUCCAGGCAUUACUGCGAGCUAUCUAACGAUCCACUGCAGUACCGGUGCAGAACCGGCAAGCACUCUGUUGCUGAACUGAACUGGUAGAAGAACUCAUUGUAUUAGGUACACGUUUCCCAGACUAUUGACUGAGACUGUUUUCAUACUAACUCAGUGUAUUUUAGAAUUUUCUUUUUGACACUGAACAUGUUUGUUUUUUAUUUAUGAGUGAAAAGUCAUAUAUAUUAGACGGUACCUGAUCAUGUAUAUGCCCUCAGAUUUUCUUAAUUUAUGUAAAAUUGUAGCAGAUAUGGUACUAAGAAGCAAUAUAAGCCAUAUAAACCGUAAAUUAUGCAAAGUGGUUAGAGGGACAAAAAUUUUGACGCUUGAAUAAUAUGUAGGGAAUGAUUAAUAACUUAAUUUUAUAUUUACUCCUUAGUAAUUUAAAUGGUAAUGCAAACACAUAUCCAAUAUGUAAACAAUGAAGGAAAGAUGUCAGACUCAGAUAAAAUAUUUUUUUCUUUUUUCUUUUAUGUUCUUGGGUUGUUGCUUCCCUCCUUAGAAUACUGUGUCCAUAGGGAGGGGCAGUACGCUUAAACAAUGAGGGGCACUUGCAAAGGUAACAAGACCCAAGUCUUGAUCUGAGUGAUGCAUUUAUUUACACAUAUGUGACAUAUUCCGCUCUCAGUUCUUAUUCUGACUUUUGUUUAUUCGAUGUUUUAUCAAGUUAAUUUAUUUUUUUUUAUUAAUUUUUCUUUUAUUUAAUAAUAACGAGUGACUACGAGCAAGACCAAUAGCAUUGUCUCACUCUUUCCAGGCUGCCUCUAUUUCUUUCCGUUUACAGCACCCUUAGAAUCACAAUACGUGUCGCAAUCGUGAGCUCUGAAUAGAUGUACAAUGUACACAAUCAAUACAAGGAAUCGGCCUUUAAUCCUUAAACAGACUGUUAACUGUGCAUGUGUGAGGUCAGGUGAACUCUAUGCAAAAAAAAAAAUGUAUGUAUAAAAAUAUUUUUACAUUUGCAUUUUACUUAUGUGCAUGCAUACAUCCCAGAAAUAAUACUCAUAACAAGCAGAAAAAAAGUAUGUCAGAUGUUCCAGGUAAUUUCCUAAAAGUCUGAACUGAACUUAACAUGUUAUAUUUCAUGAUGCAAAUUUUGUAAGCAGAUAUUCCAGCAUAGAGACAAUCGCCCACUUUUACCCAUCGGAAUUACUUAAUUAAUACUGUUUGCAUUUAUUGUUUCUAAUUGUAAUUCUGAACUUAUUUAUUGCGUUGGUGAACCAUGUGUCAAGAACGAUUUCUUACUGACAGAGAUCUGCAAAAAAAUUUCACCGAAUUUAUAUUUGUAAUGGUGUAAUAUUUUAUGAGAUUUAAUCACGGUCUUUGAAUAUGUGUGUGUGAGUGUAUGUAUGUAUGUAUGAGUGUUUGUUUUUUUGGAUUCACACAAUACUUCAUUUGUAUAUUGUAACUUAAGAGGCUGCAGGCAGCACCCUGGGAAACCAAUGUAAGUUUUUUUUUUUUUUUUUUUUUUUUUUCAUCUGGAUCAAAGCACUUCUUUUUUUGGUUUUAAAUAAAGCCUUGAUGCCAUGGGAGAAAGGGAACAGCUAAACAGCCAGGUCAUGAAAGUCAUCACUUAGGUACAGGGCUCGAGCCAGAUUGAGUUUACAACUAAUAUCUAAACGCACACAGUACAGUCAACAUAGAGUCCCAGAGAUUAAGUAUGCAAUAUUUGAUUUUUUUUGUAUCUGUGUCUGUGUGUGUGUUACAGUACUGCUACAAUAUUAAUCAGGGUUUUAACUUGGGUAUAAACUGGACUGACUGUUGGUGAGAGCACAAAAAUGUCACUCUGGCUCAAAGUGAUGAGACAGUUUUUCCGGCAUCUCCUUUUUAAAUCUGAUUCCUCAGUUUCUUUCUCAUUUUCUUGUUGUCUUUUGGCUGUGAGAAGAGCGAACAUGUUUACAAUACUGCAAAAGACUUAAAGAACCUCUGCACUGUUACCGUGAUUAAAAUAUAUAUUUUGUAGAACUGCUUUAUGCCAGUGAUAAAUAAUACCAAAUAGUUGAUUCGUUCUGUUCAAAUAUUAUAUUGACAUCGCACAGUCUCGCAAGCAAUUUUGGGUUUUCAUCCAAUAGCUGACAAACGUGUGGCUCGCGUCGGAGCCCUGAGCUUUAUGAAUGGCCUAGCGAGUAAUGUUAAUCAGAAGCUGUGGUCAGCAAAUCUGCUGAUGGAGUCAGUUCCAGGAUUUUUCAUCUCCAUGUGAAAUCCAGCACACUCGGAGUUGACUGAUUGGCCGCGUUCACAGCUCUGAGGUCUUCGGGGGUCACUUGGGUUUCAUAACUAACCAAAAAAGAAUUUUCCCCUCUGAUUAAGUGGCCUAGCAAAUGCUAAGGCCUGCAAGCUGAGAACCGGAAAAAUUCACAAGCAAGUAGAAUCAGCUUGGCCCAUCAACGGCAGCAAAUGCAUAAUUCGGCACCGUACGUUAGAACAUGUCUCUCAGAUACAGUGUUUUGCAUGUAAUAUUCUGGAAAUCAACCCUUUUAUACAUAAAUAUGUUUUGAAUAACCUUUGUAGACGUUUCAUUUGUAAACUGCUGCAAAACAUUUUGUUUACUUUUAUCAUUGCUUUCCAUGCACAUACUGUACAGAAUUUUUUUAUGUCUAGUUGGUCAGUCAACCUGGUUUUCUGUCUUGCAUCUUUUCAUUGGAUGAACUCAUUUAUUUGUACAAUUUUCAGCAGUUUCUGUAGGACUUACAGGUCCUGUAAAAAAAAAUAGUGAGAUUGUUAAACAUUUCUAAUGAUUGUAUCAUUGGUCUUGGAGAAUAA